UUGGCCUUUUGGGUGAGAUCGCUUUCAAGCGUUAAACUGAGCUGAGUAAAACCAACGUACCCGGAUAGAGCCCCGCGCGCGAAGCCGCAAGCCAUCGAAUCCAUCGCCAGAGCCCCUUUCUCUGUGCAGCUCCUCCAAACCCUGGCCAUGUCCUCCCGCCCUCCAAAUCCACAACAGCACUGACCCUCUGAAACUCCCGCUCAUAGCCACAGUCCCAGCAAAAAUGCCACUCGCACUCCAAAACCUCGUCACGAACUCAUCCUCUCGUUUCACCCUUUACUUCCCUCCCAAAACCCCUACUUGCUCUCGCCAUCUCACAACCCCCCUGCAUUCCCAGAAGUCAACCCACAAACCCCUACGCCUAUACACUCUCACUUCCUCCAAGACCCACCACCGAACUCGUCUCCGAGCUUACGAAUCCGACACUACCUUACACAGAAACGACAUCGUCGGUGGAGGUUUCGAUUUCGAUUCGUUUCUUUCGAUUGCCGAGUUGCUCUGUCUCGUUUCGUCGGCGGUGGCCGUUUCGGUCGGUGUCGCGGCGAGUCUGGGCUGGAAGAAGGCGGUUCUGGUGGAAAUGGGGAACAGGGUUUCGGUGUGGGGGGUCGUACUGUUGGCCGGUGGGGUUGUAAUUGGCGCGUGGAUUCGGAGGCGGCAGUGGAGGCGCGUGUGCCGGGAGACGGUGAAGGGUGGGGUGGAGGUGAACCUGCUGGAGAGGGUUGAGAAAUUGGAGGAGGACCUACGGAGCUCCGCGACGAUCAUUCGGGUCAUGUCAAGGCAGCUUGAGAAGUUGGGGAUAAGGUUUCGGGUCACGCGCAAGGCUCUCAAGGAUCCCAUUGCUGAGACUGCAGCUUUGGCUCGAAAGAAUUCGGAGGCCACUCGAGCAUUAGCAGUGCAAGAAGACAUUCUGGAAAAGGAGCUUGGUGAAAUUCAAAAGAUGCUGCUGGCAAUGCAGGAGCAGCAGCAAAAACAGCUUGAGCUGAUUCUUGCCAUUAGCAAGAGUGGGAAGCUAUGGGAAAGCAAACGGGAGCAAAAUCGAGAACAAGAUACAACUGAGACAAGCAAUUCAGUUGAAGAGGGGUUAAAACAGAAGCAAACCCACCAAAUUUAAGCUUCAUUACAAACAAGGAAGACAGCUUAUCAUUAUAAAGCAACAAAUUCUGAAAGAAUUUUUUAAUGUUGUUCUUGCAACACGGGAUCAAAUUACUGCGCCUAUUUUCGUCUGAAGCAGUUUGACUUGCUGGGUACCCGCAUAGCUAUGUCAUGGGGGGCAUUGCAUUUUCAGCCAGGGAAAUUUUCCUGGUCUUUUUACUCACCAUUUUGGAGCUUGAGGGAGAGACCACAGAGAAAGAAUAAAAUGGAGGUGUACUUCUUGUUAACAUAUAGCAUUGUUUUGUACCAAUGAGAUACAGGUCCUGCUCGCUCUUGAAUCUGUUGUUGGGUGAUUGAUUGUAUUCAUUUUCAUUUGUAUGUAGCGGCCAAUGUUUGAUUUCCUUGCCAUCAUACUGUGAACUCAAUCACUCCAUUUCUUGUAAGCUGCCUUUGCUAUCAGUUAUUUAGUUGGUCGGAAUGCAAGAAAAAAAUUCUCACAAUUUUUUUU